AACGAUGCACUGGCAGCGUUUCUACUUUUACAUCAAGUCUGAUGGUUUUGCUUUCGAGGAGCCGCCCGACGAUUCCUUCCGUUUUUUGUGGAAUCGUGAACUUGGUAGAACGCUGUUGUCAGCUCAUCGAUUGUCUUUUUUCUUGUUUUCUGAUGAGUUUUCGUUUGUUCGCAGUUGAUCACCCGGACACGGCCUCUUAUCCGGAAGAUUUCAUCUCUGAUGCUCGUGCAGUGGUUUCACGCGUCCAAGUAAGCUGGAAGGAUAUUACCAUCGAGAGGAUUCGACGAGUGCUUGACAGAAUCUCGAGGAAGGAUUGGAGGUCUGAUCUGUUACCUUUGAUUACCGGUAACAAGCUGCGGUUUUCGAUAUUUAGUAGCGCCGAGCAAAAGAUCAUCAACGCAGCAAGGGAAAUGAAAGAACUUCCAGACUUGAGUGCGCUGAUCAAGAAAAAGCUGAGCGGGGCGAAAAAGGCAUCUUCCGCAACUCCUAGCGAGACAACUCCUAGUGAGACGACUCCUCGCGAAGAGACUCCUCGCGAAAAGAUUCCUCGUGGAGCAGUUCCUCCCACUCCACUUCCUCUCGUGGUUUCCCCGGGACCGUCUACAGGCCCGGCCAACGUCGACUCUUCGAGGGAGGAUCUUGCGUUGAUAUCUGAACGAGGUUAUGAGGUUACUCAAGAGCGGUUCCGUGUACAAACGGCCAUGAUUGCUAAGAGCAACAAGCGUUUCUCCCAAAUUCGAGAUCUCGAGAAGCGUCGUAGUGAGUACGAAGUAGUCAGAUCCUUGCAGAGCCAAGCUUUCGGGACAAAGAAAUGCCUCGAAGCGCUCAAGGAGAGCGGGACCGACAUUCCGCAAGAGAUGAUUGACUUGUUUGCUGAACAAGAGAAGGAGCAUGAGGCUGCGGCUGAACUCCUAGCCGUCGGAGGGAUCCCCGAGGAGCUUCUUUGUCUUUCUCCACUUCAUCUUCGAUCCCCUUUCCUAAACGAGAAUGUAUGGGCGGCGAUCGACCCAUAUGGAUCGAACGCGGGCUUGAUUGAUGCUGGGACUGCUGCUUUCCUUCAAACUCCUAGUAGUUCUCAAGGAGAUCAUGUGAAUGGAGAAUCUGUAGAACCAUCUGGAAGAGAGCUCGGGGAGCCGUCCUUUCAAGAAGGUAGGUCCGUUGGUGAGGUUGCAAGGCUCGAGGAUACAACCGUUGCACCUGCUUUGGAUCCGAUUGCGCUCUCCACCGACCUCGUUGUGAAUGAAGAUCCGUUGGUCUCGGUUCUUGAGACUGGUGCCGAGACGAGGACAGAGCCUGUUCAUCUUCUCGAACUCUCAGACUCUUCGACUGAAGAAGAGGGUGGCGAACACCUGGAGGAGACUGAACCCGGUUUAGUUGGUAACCCGCAAAAUGAAGAGGGAGCAGUCGACAGAACUGAUGAUCUGCCAGUUCUUCCAGCGGAUGUGACUGUUCAGGUCGUCGAGGGGGGCUCCAACCGUGCCGAAGACUAGCUUAAUAUGUUGUUGUUUUUUCUUUUAGACUUUUGGUUUUUGGCCCUUGGAGGCUUUUGUUGAUGUAAUAUCUGGAUCUAUUUUGCUUUUGCGGCUAUCUGUUGUUUCAGACUUUCAGUAAGUUUGCUCUCCUUAGAAGUUAUUUCUGAAACAGAAUUUGCCUUAGUCAUAGAGAUAUAGUUUCGUGGACUCGAGGAUGCGGGUUAGCCUUCGACGAGUCGCUGAAAUCUAUUUUAAAUGUUGGAUUUAAACGAUUUGGUUUGGCGAUCUGGUCGAUGUCUUGAAUUAAACCGGAAAGUCGAUGACUUGGUUUUAUCAAAUUUUUACACAUCAUGCCAUCAGUUCGAGUCCUCGAUAAUCAACACAAAUUUUCGAGUUUCGAAGACAAUCGUUUAUAUUUUCGAGCAACAACGGUUUUCUAAUCGAUCUUUAAGUAAUCCAAAAAAGAAAUAUUAGGUUGGCCAAUCCCGGCUUUAGAGGAUUAUAAGAUGACUGAAAGUUGUCGUCUCGAUCGCACGGUUCAGGACCGCGAUACGACC